AAUUUGAUAACAAAAAGAAAAUUUGGGGCGGUCAAUUACUGACAAAAUUUCUAUCGGUUAUCUAAAAAUGAAAAGAAAUUUAAACGUUCAUUCCCGCAUGUGAAGCCCCAAAUUUCCCCUAAAUUCAAAAUCCCUAACCCCCUCUCUCUCACUCUUCUUCCUCUCUCCCCCUCUCUCUCACCGUGAAUGGAUGUUCCCGCGGCUUUUGCUUCUUGUAGCGGCGAUAAGACGGUUCGAAUCUGGGAGUAGAGCCUCUCCACUCGCUCCUGGGACUGCAAGCGGUUUUGGAAGAAACACACACUAGAACAGUCUGGUCCUGUGCUUGGUCACCGUCUUGGAAAUUGUUGGCCACUGCCAGCAUUGAUGCUACCAUUGCCAUAUGGGAAAAUAUUGGGGGUAACUUUGAAUGUGUUUCCACCUUAGAGGGUCAUGAAAAUGAAGUGAAAAGUGUCUUGGAAUGCAUCAGGUUCUCUUCUUGCAACACGUGCAUGAGAUAAAACUGUUUAGAUUUGGGAAGUGAUGCCAGGGCAUGAAUUUGAGUGUAUUCAAGUUUUGCAAGGUCAAACUCAAAAUGUGAAAAUGAAUCAGCGGCAUCCGACUAUGGAUAUUUAGUUUUCCUGUAGCUAUUAUAACACUUUCAAGGUACUUUAUAGGCUAAACAGAUCUGUAUCCCUUUAAAAAGACCAUAGAUUUCUUUGAUCUUUUGCAAAUUCUGUUGUAUGCCAACAAGACUGGGAAAUGUGAUUGAAUUUAUGAUACAUUUGCUUUUCCGUGGAGGUAAGGUGGUCAGAGGAUGCUGAUGGUGAUUGGAGCUGUGUACAAAUUUUAGUUAUUUGAAGUUCAACUGGAUAUGUACUACUUCGUUAUUCCUCUGUGCUCGCUCAGGUGCAACAAAUGUUUUCUGUACCUCCUUGAUGAAGUUGCAUUGGAGCAGACUCGGUUAAAUAAAAUUUCAGCACAGCUUGAAAAACUUGAAAGCUUCUUAAAGCAGUGUCGCACUUUUCCAAAUGCUUUCCUGAUUGGUGGACCUGCAGAUAUACUUGUUAUUGAACUAGCAGACCAGGUGGAGACAGUCCUACUGCAUUAUCUUUCGCAGAUUAAAUUUCUCGAAGGCAUGGAACUGAGAGUGGCCACAAGGACAAGGUUGAAGACCUAUUUGUAUAGCUAUACCUCUCCUGGCGGUCCAAUGUAGUGUAAACCGUAAACAGAAUAUGGUUUUUGUUUUUUAUAUUUUAAU